CACGCAUGCGCACGUGGGUCACCGCGCGGCUUUUAUAAUCGACGAGCCUCGGCGAGAGACUUGUAAUUUCAUUUUUCUUUAUCCGUAGUUCGCGGUGUCGUCGGGGCGGAAAGAAUAUCGGAACGCGAGUCGGUGACUUGGACCGCCGACAACUCCGUUUGUUCUCGUGCCUCGGUGACGCCGGUAAACGGUCGUAGAUGCUGCCCGGGGGACGGGCGAGCUGAAGGAGCGAUCUCUCCGCCGGAACACUCGGGGCUCGGCCGACGGCGAUGCUGCGACUGUUGACGCGCGUGCAGCGGCACGCGGACCUGCUGAAGCAGCCUUCGGCGGUUCAGCUCGCGGACUCCUCCAGGUGGGAGAGUUCGGAGAUGAAAGGCGACGGCGGCGGAAAAAGUUACAGGGAGUUCGUCGACACUCGCACUCCGGGGCAGAGAAUGCUUAAGAGUAUAAAACGAGAUUGGAGAUCGUUGAAACGCCUACUGUCGCCCAGCAGAGAAUACUCGGACUUCGAAGCGCUGUGGAACCCCGAAGUAAUUCCCGCUCACUGCGACGUGCUGAUCAUUGGCGGCGGCGCGAUUGGCAGCUCGAUAGCGUACUGGCUGAAGCAGAAAGUCCACAGGAACGAAUUUAAUGUUGUUGUAGUUGAGAAAGAUCCUACGUACACUAAGGCGUCCACGACUCUUUCGGUGGGCGGCCUGCGCCAACAGUUCUCUCUCGAGGAGAACAUCCACAUGUCGCUGUACGGCGCGGAAUUUCUGCGAAAUAUCAACGAGCACUUGAGCGUCCCCGGCGACCAGCCCAUCGACGUAAACUUUCACCCUUACGGGUACCUGGUACUGGCGACCGAGGCGGGCGCCGAGACUUUAGUACAAAGUUCUAAACUACAGAAUUCUUUAGGGGCAAAGAAUAUUGUUCUCACCGCGGAGAAGCUGAAGAGCAUGUUCCCUUGGAUAAACACCGACGGGAUCGCGGCGGGUUGUCUCGGUUUGGAGAAGGAAGGAUGGUUCGACCCGUGGUCCCUGUUGUGCGCCUUCAAGAAGAAGGCCACUCACUUGGGUGCUCAAUACGUCAAUGCCGAGGUCAAGGCUUUUCAGUAUAGGACGGUGCCAGGAUCUUUAGACGAAAACAUGAAUCCUGCUGAAAGAUUAAAUACUGCAGUUAUAGAAACACACGAUGGCGAGCUUAAGAAAAUAGAGUUUUCCAUAGCUGUUAUUGCUGCAGGCGCAUUUAGCGGCGACGUAGCCGAGUUGGCUGAUAUCGGAAUGGGCGAAGGAUUAUUGUCUGUACCUUUACCAGUUGUACCUAGGAAGAGAUACGUAUAUUGUUUCCAUUGUCCCGACGGACCUGGUUUGAACACGCCUUUAGUAAUUGACCCCACUGGCACAUACUUCAGACGAGAUGGUUUAGGAGGUAACUAUAUCUGCGGGAAAUCACCAGAACCGAACGAGGAGCCGUCGGUCGAGAACUUGGAUGUCGAUCACGAGUUUUUCAACGAGAAAGUGUGGCCUUUGCUCGCUCACAGAAUACCGGCGUUUGAAAAUUUGAAGGUGAAAUCUUCGUGGGCUGGAUAUUACGAAUACAAUACUUUCGAUGAAAAUGGUAUUAUCGGUAAACAUCCUUUCCACACCAAUUUCUUUGUAGCGACUGGUUUUAGCGGACACGGUAUCCAGAAGGCACCCGCGGUGGGACGUGCGAUGUCAGAGCUGAUCCUUAACGAUCGCUUUCUCACCAUAGAUUUAUCCAAACUAAAUUUCGAAAGAUUCUUAAAAUCCGAACCUAUAAAAGAGGCCAACAUCUUUUAGACAGCAGAGAAUUAACAAUCUUGU